GUUUUAGGAAUGUAUCCAUUUAAUCGAACAACGUCAAUUCACGCUGAAAGUGCCAGUCAACAUAUAGAUGAGUUGGAUGAUGAUGACUUUGGAAGAUCCAAUGGAAAAUUUUAUUCGAAUCGGCACUCACAGAUGGACUCCGACGUAGUUGCUCAUCAAGUUCCACCAGGAUCACCUGUUGAAAAAACAAUUCUAGCAUCGAUUCUUGAAAUGUCAACUAUCAAUGAUAUGUGGGUGAAGACUUUCACAGCUCCAGGCGCCAAUAAGAAAGACAAGAAACGAAGAGAGUCGCUGUUCGAGUGUUCAUGGAGAGGUGUUCACUGUGUUUCAAACUCACUUCGAUCAAUACUUUUCCUAUUUCGACUUCUUGCCAUCUUUCCCGCUACAACAGACAGGAAAUCACGACGGAAAAGAAAUCAUAGAUCAAUUAUUAAGUUGAUUCUCUAUGUAAACUACAUCGUUUUAGCAGUUCUUCUAAACUCAUUUCUCAUCAAAAUGAAUUUUAAAGUUCUUAUGUUGUAUAAGCAUAAAUUUGGUUUGAUGCACACCGGAACUGUCGCAUCAAUGAUUACAGCAACCAAACCAGUAAUCAAUGUUUUUGUGAUAGUUCUCUCUGCAAUCAAGUUUAAAUCUCACCAAAGACUUCUUAAGACAAUUGAUAUGGUCGAUGUGUGCUUUCGAAGUGCAUUUGGAGUAUCUCCUCCACUUCGAAUUUACAAAUUCGUGUUUUUCUUCACAUUGCUCAUCAUUUUCUUUUCUGCACUUAUCCUAAAAGUUGUCGAGUUUGUUGGAACUGGAGAGAUAUUUGGAGAACAUAUCCUCACAGACUGUAGUUUUAUUCUGGUUCCAGUUUUGAGUCUAUGGAAUAUAAUUCCAUUACUCUAUUAUCAUCUUUACAAUAUACUGGUCCGCUUCUACUGCAGAACUUUGAUCAAGUCGAUGAAUCGUGAACAUAAGAAGCGACAUUUCAGUUUGAAAUUUUACUACGAACAAUUUACAAGGAUAACAAAUGUACAAGAAGCAGUCGGAGACGUUUUCAAUCCACUUCUUUUGUUCUCUCUGGCAUGGAGUCUUUUGGUUCUGUGUCUUACUUUAUAUUUCCUUUCGGAACCAACUUCUACUUUGCUAGUUCCAAUCACUCCAGAGCAAGUCACUAAUCCAAAAAUUCGAGAGAAGUUAAACAUAACAGUUCAUGUUAAAAUAUGUUGGGCUGCUUAUCAAGUUGUCAUGGCUAUUCUUCACAUUAUAAUUAUUUGCUCAACUGGUAUGAUGACUAAUGAGACGACCCGUCAAAUAGUCAACGCAGUUCUCCGAAUCGUUCCUGAUGCAAACGCCGACCUCGACCGUUUUCAAAUCUCCUGCUUUGUUCACAAAAUGACAACUCAGUUUAUGUGGGGAAUGACUGUUUGGAGAGCAUUCCCACUUGAAAGAACUACUUUUUUCACACUAAUAUCAGUAAUUGUUACAUACUCCCUUCUGUUAUUCCGAUUCAAAGAUGAUAUGGUUCAAAAUCCACCGUAUAUGGCUGCAAUGGCAGUUUUCAAUACUUCUGCUGUCCCAACACCUGCUCCAGGAUAAUGAUAAGCUUAAAAGUUUUUAAUAUAUAAAUGUACAAUAGCAUCUUCAAUCAACCCAAUCAGGUCUUCCAUCCCCGUUUUUCAUUCCACCGGUUCCCUCCACACUCAUCGAUCUCUGUUACUGUACUUUAAUAAAACUAUUUUUCUGCAAA